GUCUGUGGCGUCGGGCGGGUUGGUCGUGUGUCGUCCCUCUCCACCACCACCACACACCUACCACCAUCACCUCCACUCCUGCAACACUCCACCACCACCCUCCAACACGAAUAUUUCCCGAUCGCAUAGGUCGCCUUCCCACCCCGCCUGGCUUACCAGAAAAUUCUCGAAACCUCUUCGUGUAUUUGAAAAGCUACUCGAAUUUAAUAAAUUAAAUCGUUUCCGAGGAAUAAAUGUAAUUGUAAUAGUCACCCUCCAGUCUUAAGAUACUCAUAAGGUUAUUUCUCCCACUUGUUCCCACGUUCUCCGUCUCCCUGUGCCUCAUUCUCCCACCUGCUCGUUCCUCCCUCCCUCUCCGCUCUCCGUAAGUUAUUUUUACCUUCUCGCAAAGUCUAGAUGAGUCCCGCACCUUUGGUGGCGGCGCAGUAGUAGGUGUGGUGGGCAGCUGUGUCGCUCCUCGUGCCCAGUGCCAUCCUCAAGUGCCACCGGGAAACAUAACAUCAAGGUCUUUCAACUCAAAGAGUGCCAGCUAGGGGCCUGCCGCGUCGCCGCCGUCGUCUUGUGAUUCAUCUGCUGCUUCAAGAAGGAACUCCCUCAUGGCCCUGGACGCCCCCACGUUCCCGGACCCGCUCCCACACCUGCAUAGAUCGCAGAGGAUGUUGGAAGACGCAGACCGUCCAGGGUUCUUCAAGGACUAUUAUAAGGCGGUGAGGAAGGCCACCUCCAACGACCAAUUCAACGAGUUCUCUAAGCUCAAGACAGACGAGGAACGCAUUCGUUUUUGCUUUAAUCUUCCCGCAGCUCACGAUAUUGAUAUUAGAACGUUUUUCAAGGGAAAAUCCGAGAAGGAGGCUCUGGAGAAGAAAGAAGCGGGUAACAAGUGUUUUGGGAGAAAGAACAAUUUGGAGGCUUUAAAACUAUAUAGCCAGGCGGUGGUAAAGGCACCUGUGCCCUCGGGUAAAUAUUGGAAGUUGAUCAAAGAAUGUGCCGAUCCAAGGAAGAUGACCCUGUAUGCCAUCUGUCUGGCCAACCGAUCUGCGGCGCUCUAUCACUUACGGGAAUACCAUUACUGUGUCAAAGAUAUAGAUGAAGCAUUGGAACAUCAUUAUCCAAAGGAGCUCAAGUACAAACUUUACAAACGGAAAGCUCGACUCUUGUCACAUAUGAAGCAGCAUGUUGAUGCCCGCGAUGCGUACCGUCAGGCUCUCAAGUGGCUAGAUUGGGCCAAGAUGGAGAGGGAGAAGAGGAUAGAGCAUCAGACUGACAUACAGAAAUGGCUCAAAUUGUAUGAGACUGGGAAGGUUGUGAAGAACUGGGAUAUACCUGAGGGCUAUAUAGAACCUUCGCCAGUGAUUCCCGACCUCGCUGAAGGAAGCAGUGAACGCUUUCCUUCACUUAGUAAGAAAGUUGAUAUUAAAUACGAAAACAACCAAGGUCGUUAUGCUGUUGCUGGUGAGGACAUUGAACCAGGAGAUGUCAUUGCUACAGAAAAGCCUUUUGCAUCUGUUCUCUUACGUGAGGAAUACGGAAGUCAUUGUCAAAAAUGCUUCAAGGUAACCAAAGCUGCAAUUCCCUGCAAAAAAUGUUCCAGUGUGUUGUUUUGUUCAGCAGAGUGCCGUCAGGAAUCCUUCUUCCACACUAUUGAGUGUCCAAUCCUUGAUCUUCUUGUAGGAUCAGGAAUGUCUAUUAAUUGCUUUUUGGCAUUCAGAUUGGUCACACAGUAUCCCUUAUCAUUCUUCUUGGAUGUUAAAGAACAGCUUACUGAAGAAGAUCCAAAGGAGACAACCAACAACAAGCAGGUGUAUGAUCCAACAGACUUCCUUCGUCUUUACCACUUAGUACAUCAUGCCGAACACCGCACACCCGAAGAUUUCUUCCACCGCUGCAUUAUGAUUGUCUUCAUGCUGAAAGCUCUCAAGAAAACAAAAUACUUUGAAGGCAAAGGCACUGCAUCCACGUAUCCUCUAUUUAAGGAUAAAGGUGACAAGAUUAGUGAUACAGAGGCUUUUGUGGGAGGACUCCUGUUGCGGUUCCUUCAGAUAGUGCAGUUCAAUGCCCAUGAGGUCUCCGAGUUUGUGUUAAUAGCACCUAGGACUUUCGAUGGAGCCAAGAAUGAGUCCCUGGGUGCAGCAAUAUACCCGACACUUGCCCUCUUCAACCACUCCUGCCACAGUGCACAAGUCAGACUCUUCAGUGGCAACCAGGUUAUUACUAAGGCAAUCAGACAUGUACGAAAGGGUGAUCUCAUCCCAGAAAACUAUGGACAGAGCUUCACCUCCAAAGUCAAGAGUCAACGAAAGGCUGAGUUAGCAGAUAGAUACUGGUUUGAAUGCAACUGUGAGGCUUGUCAAAAGGACUGGCCAAUGUACAAGGAUAUGACCAAUUCAUAUUUGACCUUCAAAUGUCAUAAAUGCCAAGGUCCCCUACCUGUCGACACUGAUAAUCUCAUGAUUCCAUUCAUCAAGUGUGAAAAAUGUGGUGAUCAGACAAACAUUUUGUCUGCACUGAAAAAUCUUCAGAACACUGAACAAACUUUCAGAGCUGCAUGUAAAGAAAUGGAAGCUUAUAAUUUAGAAAAGGCCGAGUCUCUUCUGAUAGAAAAUUUGAAGCAAUUAGAAUCCAGCCUCUAUCCACCGUACAGGGACUACCAUCUCACACAGGAAGCCUACAUGCGUGUCUGUCUCUGCCAGGGAAACUACAAGGUCAAGUCUCUUAAAACAGAGGAGUAGAUACACUUGGAUAAUUUGGUAAGAGUAAAGAAUCUUGAAAUUCCAAAUCUAUAGGUGAUGAUUAUGUUAAUUGUAUAUAUACAUGAUGAUGAUAUUGAUUGUAUAAUAUACAUAUUUAUAAUGGUAUUAGUUGUAUAUAUAUACAUAAUGAUGAUGUCAUUGAUUGUAUGUAUACAUGAUGAUGGUGGUGACUGUAUGUAUACAUAAUGUUGUGUUCAUAGAUUGCAUAAAUAGAAUUACUGUACUUUGUAAUGUAUUUAUUACUCUGAAUGCAGUCAUAUAAAAAUGUAUUUCAGAAUUUGAAGAUAAAUUUAAACUAUUUAAUGUACAAGUAAAGUGUGUGUGUGUCUGACUGUCAAAUUUUUUUUCAGAGAAAAGAAAAUAUUAAAGUAGACAUGCUUUGUCGAACGCUUUAUACUGUAUAUAAUAAAAUUUAAGCUUUGAAUUUAUAUAAUGCAUUUGCUAGCUUUACUUCUCGUCUCAGACUAAUACUUUCCAAAUGUGGAUAUGUUCAUUGAAGAGGCAUAGAAAGGCAGGUAGUUGAAGUAUUACUAGUGAUAUUAUUGAAGAGCUAAUUUGGGUAUUAUGUCUUGCCUAAUAUAUUAACAAAUACAUUGAAUUUGUCAUCUUCUAAAAUACUUUCAGUAUCCUGGUGCUCUAAGUUAGAUUAACAAUUAAAAAAACAGCUUUAUUUUGAGUUUAAUUAAAUAUUCAUAGCCAUUAGUGAUUAUCAAUGAGCUGUUCUCUCAGAGGAUUCAUAAUACAGUAUUUGAAUGAAUAGAAUGGAAGAUAAAAUUAUACGCAUUUUAAUGGUUGCUAUGUACAGUAUUAAAACUUUAUUUUCAUAAAAUAUAGUUUCUUGCAUAUAUGAAUGGAUAAAAGGAGGUUAGACUGCAAAUCUGCAUUCAUUUUAUUUGACUUCAUGCGAGCUGCAGAUAUUCUACUUGGCAUACUUGGAUGAUGCUAAAUCAGAUCCUCAGACCGGUAUAUAGUAACAAGUAACUCAUAAUGAAGACUGUCCUUGUAAAAGACUUGUUACAAAACUGUACCUUUGUUGUAUCAUAAGAUAUCUGAAUUGUGAAAAAGAUUCUGUUGGGUGUGAGCAACCUUUCUCUGUAACAGUACUGUUAUAUACUUGCACAUAAUUUCCAACUCAGAGUCAAAUUAUUUUGCUGUAGUACAAUUGCUUUAUAUAUGGUACAAUUAUACAAUUAUUUUUGUUUUCCACGGGCAUUUUUUUUUUCAGUGGAAUAAAUAAAUACAAUUAGGACACUUUAGUAAAUUGCCCUUUUAAGUGCUUAAUAUAUAUAUUCCACAUAUUGGCAGAAUGUAUCAAGAUUUACUCUCGGAAUCUCACUAAAUUCCUCUUAAUUCAAUAUUAUGUUUGGAAAUUCAACAGUGAAUGUUUAUAUGAUGUAAAUCAGUGUGUAACAGGACUUAGCAUUAAUCAGUGCCGGGAUGUUUUUUGCUGAUGUUAACUCACAGGAGAGAGAAAGAGAGAGCGCGCAGUCAUUUGUCACUCAUUACCUGUUCGUGCAUAUUUAAUCAUUUGCAGAUUGGGGUAUCAUUAAUUGUAAGGAAUACAUUGAAAUACAAAAGUUAUGCUGCUGAUGUUAUACCUGUUGAUGAUUCUGAGGAUCAAUGUCCCCAUGGCCAGGGCUGUGACCAGGCCUCCUGCUAGGUUCUCCAGACAACCAAACUGUUCAACGCUGCUGCUCAUAUUGUGUUGUGUGUUUCCAUGCUUGCCUUUCUAUGCACAUCUUAGGUUAGUAUAGUGUAUAUUAUGUUGUACAGUAUUUGUUUAUUAAACAAAAUUAUAAAAAAUGUAACAUCUUCUGCUCAAUUUCAAAAUGUGCAAGUAUAAAAACUCACAAUGGGUACAAUCUUAUUGAGCUCUAAAUGUAUGUCAGUCAACAAAUUCAUGACGCCAUGAAGUUUUUUGUUUAUUAAUACUUUAAAAGGGUUGAAUCUGUUUUUUUCAUUUUUUGUCUUGUUUUAAAAAACUAAAAUUGAUAAUGGGGAGCAUUUCCUUUCAUCUACUUUAUUGUGUGAUCAUCUAUUGACAUCAGAGAACACAUAAUGGUCUUUUCCACAACAAGUAAAUUUAAUUACUUCAUAUUCAUCAGCCCAGCUAACACUAAUUAAACUUAAAAUUCUUUAGUUUGAAGUAACAAAAAUCAUAUAAAAUACAUUUACAGCAUAAAAGUUUAGUGUAAUGCAUGACAUAAAUAUUUGUUUGGGCUGUGCAAUAACAAAUCAUGAACUUCAGUGUUCACAGAGAAUGACAAAAAUUGUAGUUCUUCACUCAUGACAAAUUUUCUAUGUAUAAGGAAUGUAUUAGAACAAAUUAGAUCUUCUAGUUUAGUAAAUUAGAUCAUCUGACAUAGAAAUGAUUUCAGUGAGUGAAAGAGAAUAGUUGGUUCACUGCCCCAAUGAUUGAAACAUAUCUUUCUGUGCCAGUUGUAAGAUAUGCUGGGUGUAAAUAGGCAUUGUAUUAGGUGGCAUUUUGUCACCUGUCACUCCAUUGUAUUAGGUGGCAUCUCGUCACUGGUCAUACUAUUUGAUACCCCUUGUCAUAGAAAACCAAUCAAAAUGUUCAUAUUGCAUUAAAUGAAUUUAAGUAGUAUGCUUGAUAUUUGCUGUGCAGUUGUAUUCAAAAGGGGAUAUCAUAUGUGUCCAUAAUACUGCAAGGAUUGUAAUGAGCAUUGUACCAAAAUAAAGAGAAUACUGUGAAAGCGUGCCAUAUGAAUUUAGAAACGUAUACUGUAAUAGUUUUCUUCAUCUUGUCUGUCACAUAUAUGAUAAGCGGCUUGUUUAUGUAUAAUAGAAUUAUCGGUAAUAAGAUACAUGCAGUAGUUUUAACACUACAAGUUCAUUAAAUUUUACAAUAAGUCAGUUUGUCUUUUUGAUGUUAAGCUUCCAAAGGCUGUAUAUUCAAUGAACUGUAAAAGAAAUGCAGCCAAAAUGAAUUUGGCAUUACUGAAGCAUUGUUUCCUAUUGUACUAUCCCAUUUCUGAGUAAGAAAUAUAUUUAGUGCCAAAUGUUUUAGGUUUGAGUCCUGUGCAAUUCAUAUUGUGUGUAAAUCUGUAAUGGAAACUUGGGAAACACUAUCAUGAAAUUAUUCUGUAUAAAUUACAAUACUGUAAUUAAUAUUAUUUUAAUUUAUACAGAAAAAAUUAUGAUUCUUUAUAUUUUAUUUUAUGAACCUACACAUGUAAUAAGAUUUAAAAAAUAAUAAUCUUGUUCAUUGUGAAAAUUUAUACUGUUUUCAUAAGCUGCUUAUGCUUUAGUACUGAAUCUAUAAUAGAUCUACAGUACAGUACAUAUCUAGAGCUCACAGGAAUAAAGUUUUAAGGGUCUUGAUAGUCAGUAUAUAUAUUUCAUUAAUUUUCAAGUAAAUUACACAACUUGAAAGGCAGAUUUUUAGAUAACCAAAACAAAAUAAAAGCUUAAGAUUGUUUUUUCAAGCAGAUCAGUGUAGAGAAGCAUAGUUUUUAGCUUUUGAUCAUUCACAGCUAGAAGUUGACGUGCUUUUUUUUCUUUUUCUUUAGUUAUACCAAGUUGUUUUUCAAUCUUGAGUGUGUGUGUUAUUUGCAUUAGAAUAUUAGGUCUUGUGCAAAAUAACAGAGCCUCAUUUAAUUUUGAUAUCAAGUUAUCUAUUAGAAUUUAGGCAAUAAACUUCUCAAGUGUUUUAAUCAGUGACUUAAUCUACAGUGGCACCUCGAUUAACGAGUUUAAUGCGUUCCGGCACCGAGCUCGUCAUGUGGAAAACUCGUCUUGCAAAAUAACAACAAAACUGUCGUCGGAGACGUCCGAGAACCAGCGGGAAUGCUCGUUAAUCGAGCGAAAGCUCAUCUGUCGAGACAUAUUUUCUGCGAGUGGCUUGCUCGUUACUCAAAAUGCUCGUAACUGGAACCACUCAUCACUCAAGGGUCCACUGUAUCUGUAUUACCUGGAAGGUCUACUACUGUUACAUAUUUAUUUUACCAAAACCCAUCUUUAUGCAAAACUGAAAUACUGUAGGACAAUGAGAUUUUUUUUUUUUUUUUUUUUUUUUUACAUAUUUGGUUUGAAUAGAUCAUAUAUAAUUUUAAUUUUUGUUAUUUUUAAAGAUGGAGUUUGGGCUUGACUCCAGCUAUGAUAGAUAAAUGAAUGAUUACAAGUAUUGAAGGUAUCUGUCGUGCCAGCAAACAAUCUUUCCUCAGGCUAAGUGUCUCCUGUAGCACAGUGGUAAACAAACUUUCCCAAUCUUGAUUUUGGAAACAAUUAAAUUUACAUCAUUUAUCUAAUUUUUCUAGUCAAUGCUGUAGCAACUUCCUUAUAUCUUGUGCCUGGCUUCUGUAAUAGUAUUUAUUCUGUUAAUAAUUCAGAUAAAUGCUCUUUUGGAUAAUGUGGAUUGUCUUAUGAUGAUGUGAAUGCAUUAGUAAUUAUAAUACUAUUUACAUUAACAUUUUAUAAAACUCCCAACAAGAUGCUUUGUCGUUUUAGUGUGUUUUGGCAAUCUUCAGGCGGUGGUGCCAUACAUAGGCUUGGUAAAUCCAACUUAUGUUGUUAAAUUUUAAACUGUGUGUUCCAUUUUGUGGAACUAUGUAGCUUAUUCCUUUUCAAAAGUUUGUUUACCGUGAGCAUUUUUAGACAUUUUUUGUAUUUAAUUAUGCCUUACAUAGUGCCUUUUGUACACUGUAAUACAGCCUGACUCUGAUUAAAAGGAAGGUUUCUGUUGA